AUGAUUUUGACGCGAUAUGAGCAGCAAAAGCCUUUCUAUCUCUACACGGGACGUGGGCCCAGCUCUGCAUCGAUGCACUUAGGACAUCUGAUUCCUUUCUUGUUCACCAAAUGGCUUCAAGACGUGUUUGAUGUGCCACUGGUCAUUCAGCUCACGGACGAUGAAAAGUUUCUGUUUAAAUAUGACCUGAAAAUCGAGCAGGUGCAAAAGUUUGCGUUUGAAAAUGCACGCGACAUCAUUGCAUGUGGCUUCAAGCUAGAGAAGACGUUCGUCUUCUCCGACUUGGACUACGUGGGCGGCGCCUUUUAUCACAACAUUGUGCGCAUUGCUCGCUACAUCACAACGAAUCAGUCAAAAGGCACAUUUGGUUUCACUGAUACCGACAGCGUGGGCAAGAUGCACUUUGUCGCAAUCCAGGCGGCGCCUUCUUUCAGCAACUCGUUCCCUCAAAUCUAUGGCACUCGCUCGGAUGUGCCAUGUCUCAUUCCUUGCGCGAUUGACCAGGAUCCAUACUUCCGCCAGACGCGUGAUGUGGCUGUGCGUCUCAAGUACCCGAAACCCAGCCUAAUCCAUUCCAAGUUCUUCCCAGCACUUCAGGGUGCACAGACCAAGAUGAGUGCGUCGAAUGAAUCGUCAAGUAUCUUUAUGCAUGAUACUCCAAACCAGAUCAAAAAUAAGAUCAAUAAGCAUGCCGUCUCUGGUGGUCAAGAGACUUUAGAAGAGCAGCGUCGGUAUGGUGGCAAUCCCGACGUUGAUGUGAGUUUCCAAUACCUGACAUUCUUCGUCGACAACGAUGAGGAAAUCGAAACGCUUGCGAAAGACUACCGCGCCGGUCGCCUCCUUACAGGCGAGUUGAAGAAGCGCUGCAUUCAGGAACUGCAGCGCGUCGUUGCCGAGUUCCAAGAGCGCAAAGCCAAAGUUAGUGAUGACGUCAUCCGCCAAUUCAUGGACGCAUCGCGCAAGAUCGAUUCUACGCCCCCUGUUCCACGCAGUGCAUCGAAUAAGCCCAACACCGCAGGUAUUUGCAGUGAUGCUGGCUUAUCGACUGCUUCGGAGGCCAGUUCCACAGGACCUUAG